AUGGCAUUGACGGCCAAAACCUUUGCCUACGACGUGCUCACCAAUCCCCGGCACACACGAUGGCUUGCACCUUUAAUUGUUUUAGGCGAUGCGCUCCUCUGCGCUCUCAUUAUAUGGAAGAUCGCAUACACUGAAAUCGACUGGUCGACAUAUAUGCAACAAGUCUCGCUCUACAUAUCUGGUGAACGCGAUUACCCCUUAAUCAAAGGCUCGACUGGCCCCCUCGUCUACCCCGCCGCUCACGUAUACAUCUACACCCUCCUCUACCACGUCACGGACCAGGGCCGCGACAUUCUUCUCGGACAGGCGAUUUUCGCCGUGCUUUAUCUGGCGACGCUGGUGGUGGUAGUCUCCUGCUACAGACAGACGGGUGCGCCGCCUUAUCUCUUCCCACUUCUGGCUCUGUCGAAACGGCUCCAUAGCAUAUUCGUCUUGCGUCUGUUCAAUGAUGGAUUUGCCGCUUUUGCGAUGUGGGUUGCUAUCUAUCUGUGUUUAAAACGCAGGUGGGGAGCAGGCAUUGCAGUGUGGUCUUUUGGUGUCGCGAUCAAGAUGACGCUCGUAUUGCUGGUGCCAGCCAUUGCAGCCAUUACUCUCCUUAGUCUGGGACUUAUGCGAAGUAUUUCGCUUGGUGUCAUGGCUGUUCUUAUACAGAUACUGCUUGCGGUUCCCUUUCUCCAGGUCAAUCCUACGGGUUACUUCUCUCGAGCCUUUGAGCUAUCCCGCCAGUUCUUGUUCAAAUGGACUGUCAACUGGCGGUUCAUGGGUGAAGAAACAUUCCUCUCAAGAGAAUUCUCACUGGGUCUGCUGGUAGUGCACAUUUCUCUAUUGGUGAUCUUCUUCGCAAGCUGGGUGAAGCCCUCGGGGACGAACGUGUUCCGCUUCCUCCAAGGUACUCUCCAGGGUCGCCAACAGAAAGUGCCGCUUUCCAAAUCAUUCGUCAUGACUGUGAUGUUGAGCUCACUAGCCAUAGGCUUGCUAUGCGCCAGGUCCUUGCAUUACCAAUUUUUCGCCUAUCUCGCAUGGGCCACUCCGUUCCUUCUCUGGCGCGCAGGAGUUCACCCGGUCCUCAUUUAUGCAGUAUGGGCGCUGCAGGAGUGGGCCUGGAACGUCUAUCCCAGCACGAGUGUGAGCUCGGGCGUUGUGGUGCUCUCGCUAGCAGUCCAAGUGUUUGGUGUGUUGUUCAAUGGGUCGAACGAAGUAGAGCAUAAUGGGAGCAACCGCAGCAAGGCGCCUACCCAAUAA